CAGGAGGUAUGUAAGCAUUAUUUGCCGUGCUCCAAAGCUUAAAGCUCGCAAAUUUUUGCAAUGUUUAUCAACAAUCAGUAGCGCAAAUUUGUGCGAGCAUAUUUCUUAAAUACCUGGCACGAGAGGUAGAAAGUCUCUUCUCAUUAUUCCUGUAAUUGUUCAUCACUAAUCUGUUCUACUACAAUCAUUUUUUCCCCUCCUUAACACAGAGAUGUCAACCAAACCAUCAUCAUGAACGACCGAAAAGACCUAGGCACAGCCUCAGAAAAUAAUAAUUUAGAUGAUAAACCACUGGAAGCUAAUUUAAAGAGCGAAGGUGAGGCAGUGGUCUCAUCUGAGGCUGUGGAGACGACACCAAAGGAGGAUGAGAUUGCCGACUAUCCACAUGGAACCCGACUUGUCAUUAUCACAAUUGCUCUCUGCUUGUCAGUUCUGUGCUUCUCUCUCGACAACACGAUCAUAGCGACUGCCAUUCCUCGCAUUACGGACGAGUUCCACGCCCUGGAUGAUGUCGGAUGCGUAACAGCGUUCUUUAUUGGGUUCUACUUUCAGUCUCCCGGGAGGACAUCGAAGCCAAAAUUUGGAUGGCGAGCACAAUUGAACCAGUUUGAUGCCUUUGGUACUCUAUUAUUCGUACCAUCAAUAGUUUGCCUGCUACUAGCGCUGCAAUUUGGGGGCUCAAAAUACUAUUGGGCCAAUGCCAAGGUCAUCGCCCUUUUUGUUUUAUUUGGUGUACUCUUUGUCGGAUUUGUCCUGGUCCAACUUUGGAAAGGGGAGAAUGCGACAGUGCAUCCAAGAAUCUUUAAAGUCCGCAACGUGUGGGGUUCUGUUGUUUUCAAUAUCACACUCGGCGCAUCGUUUUUUGUCGUUGUAUACUUUAUCCCAAUUUGGUUCCAGGCAAUUAAAGGCGCCUCCCCUAUUAAAUCAGGCGUUAUGAACAUCCCGAUAGUCCUUGCAGUCAUCAUCUGCACCUUCAUUUCCUGGGGCGGCAUUACCGCCUCUGGCUACUAUGGCCCAUUUUUAUUAUUCCCAUCUGUAGUUUCCUCCGUCGGUGUCGGCCUCCUCACAACUUUCCACGUCGAUAGUGGCCAUGCUUCAUGGAUUGGAUAUCAGGUUCUCUACGGCAUGGGGAUCGGAGCAGGCAUGCAAGUCUGUUUUGUCGUUGUUCAGGUAGCGGUACCGCCCGUUGAUAUUCCUGUUGCAAUGGCGUUGGUUGUCUUUGCACAGACUCUGGGAGGUGCCAUCUUCGUUUCUGUCUCUGAUACCAUCUUCUCAAAUCUGCUGGUGCAGAACUUGGCGGAUGCCGUUCCUGGCCUAUCACCCUAUAUUGUUUCAUCAACAGGCGCAACAGCGCUUAAGAACGUUAUUACUCCUCAGUACUUGCCAGGUGUUCUGGUCGCAUAUAACCACACGAUCACUCAAACGUGGUAUGCGGCUGUAGCACUAGCUGCAGUUUCCAUCAUAGGGGGUUGCGGCUGUUGAUUGGACUAUUUCCCUGAAAGAAAAAAAGGUCGACGCCAUAGCUGGUGCCGCUUAAUACCGGUUUUGAUGUUCAUAGUAUGCAUCUAAUGCAUGUGUGCGACUGAUGGAGGGAUAUUUGAUUGCCCUUAGAGGCUGUCAAUUUGAAUUCUGAACGUG